GCUGUGUUCGUGUUUUUCAGAUGCAUACCCAAACCACAAGUCUGCCUGACGACUGUUGAUAAAUUUGGAUGUAGCCAACAUGAGUGUUUGCCCAGACAGCUCACCUGUGACCAGGCCCGCGAUCCUGUGUGUGACACAAACCACCUGGAGCACAGCAACCUCUGCACUUUGUACCAGAGAGGGAAAAGCCUCUUGUACAAAGGCCCGUGCCAGCCCUUCUGCAGAGCCGCAGAGCCCGUCUGCGGGCACAAUGGGGAGACCUACAGCAGCGUGUGUGCCGCCUACUCGGACCGGGUGGCGGUCGAUUACCUCGGGCCCUGCCAGGCCGUCGGGGUCCUCUCAGUGUCCAGUUCUGUCUCCGAAUGUGCUGCGGUGAAGUGUCCCUCUCUCUCAGCGACUGAGUGCAAACCCGUCAUCCCACCCGGUGCUUGUUGCCCAUUAUGUGCCGGGAUGCUAAGAGUUUUAUUUGACAAAGAAAAGCUGGAUACUAUUGCUAAGGUAACAAACAAAAAGCCGAUAACAGUUCUGGAAAUACUUCAGAAAAUCCGCAUGCAUGUGUCUGUCCCACAGUGUGACGUAUUUGGAUACUUCAGCAUUGAGUCAGAAAUUGUGAUCCUGAUUAUUCCCGUUGAUCAUUAUCCAAAAGCUUUGCAGAUUGAGGCCUGCAAUAGAGAAGCAGAGAAGAUCGAGUCCCUUAUCAACUCCGACAGCCCUGCUCUGGCAUCCCACGUCCCUCUCUCAGCACUCAUCAUUUCCCAGGUACAGGUCUCCAGCAGCGUGCCGUCGGCUGGCAUCGGGGCCAGACCCCCCUGCCACUUCUGCCUCUUCCUCCUCAGCCUGGGCCUCGCCUUGCGCUUGCUCUGGACACAUAACUGACUGCCCAUGAAAAGCGCAGAGUGUUCCUCCAUCUAAUUCUUCUGCCUUGUGAAAACCAUACAGGACUGCUGGUCUGUAGUUGAAUAGUGGCCAGGUAAACGCACUUGUCACCUCUCUUCACCACACAGUAUUUUUUUAAUCUGCCAAUAUUAGUAGGGUU